CCGUGGUGCUCCACCCACGGACCAGCAAACUGUUAUGCUACACCCUCGCGUCACCUUUCCAAGAUGCCCAGAGCACCACGCAAUCUAACACGAUCGUUCAACAACCGCACGAGUGGCUUGUUCAGGAAAGUAACUGAACUCCACCAGUUGAUGGAAGAAGUCCGCAUUUCAAUUGUAGUGGAAAAACCCGGUAGUUCGCCGCUAGUCUUCUCGACCGAAGAAAGCACGAUUGAUUGGCCGGCGGGCAUGCAAGAAUUUACGUUGACGCACGGCGCUAUCAUCAAACGCCCAUCCCACUUCACUACACUCAGUGAUAGCGUAUCGACCGGCAGAGCUCAGAUCGUUCAAAGCUUACCCUCUUCGCCGCCAUGCACCCCGGAUCCCCCGCGUCGAUCCUUCCAAGCAGCCCAGGCUGCAACAGCUGCCGUCGUUAAUUCAACACAGAGACUGAGAAACAGCUCUUUGACACACAACAAAUUGUCGCAUGAACCGCACAUAUUGAGCGACCAGUCUUCGCCGUAUUCUAACUGGGAAGACUGGUCUCAGGGCGCCUACCAGAGGACGAUAAGCCCAAGCCCAAGCCGUCCUCCAAUGGCACCGAGACUUGGGACCCUCCCCUCAAAAAGGAGUUCUGUCAGGAAUGGGUCAACGGAUAGCGUACUCAAUAUUUAG